UUAUAUGCUGACAAACGGUCUUCGCUCUGCAGAAUCGUUUUUCGUAUAAGUAACUACAAUGAUAUUUAAUAUUUAAUUCAAAAAUAAAGCUGUCAAUUUAUAGGGCGGGAAAUCUUUUGUGUAAGUUGAACGAACACUGAAGUCGAACAUUUCGAAGCAUGGUUAGCAAAAAUGUUCGGUAACAAUAUUCUUCCUAGUGUGGACCUUACUUAAAUUUAUUUUAUGCAGAAAAAAUAUAAAUUUUAACUAUGUAUUUUUUUUUAUAAUUCUAUGUAUCCGCACUGACGUACAUCAUAAGCGAGAAAUGAGAUUUAUUGUACAAAAAUAUAAUUUUGUAAUUUGUUUCAAUAACCGGUAUUUAUAUUAAUGUAUUAUUUAAAAUCGUUAUCUUCUGGUUCAACAAUCUAGAUCUAUGUGAUGCACCGAAAAAAUUCACACAACAGUAUUUGUGAAUUGUUGGGUUGUUGAGUUAUUUUAAAACUUGUCAUACGUGAAUCGUAUUAACGAAGAAAAAAUACCCUAACAAAAUAUAAUAUAGUGCGUACAAAAAUAUUUUCUAUUGUUUACUAAUUAAAUUUCUACGUGCGUAUUAUAGCAACGAGCGAAAUAACAAGGUAUUUUAUCUUUUAUUUAUGUUUAUAGAUAUCAGUCUCCGUUCAAGUGUUCCAGAAUUGAGAUUUGAGAUUCAACAAUCACUUCAGAAUCUGUAAUUGUACCUAUGCUGGAAUAAUGCUUCAAUCUAAAUUCCAAGUAUCAUUAUUCACCGCGUUCUUUAGCGUUGGCAGCGGUCCUAUGGAUAAUUGGUCCAUUCAGUGCAAAGGGGGAGAAGUGAAACAAGUCCAAGACGACGAAAUAAAGUCCAGCGUGCUCCAGAUCCAGUCAAAAAACGUAAAUGCCUGUUUUAUUACUAGUCCGGUGGAUCCCAAAGAUUCGAUGGGCGUUCAGCUGCCGUUCUUGACGUUGAUAGUCAAAAACCUCGGUCAAUUGUUUACGUUCGAGAUCACGAUUUUGGACAGCGAAAACAUUCGCCGGCGAUUACGAAUGAGCAGUUACCAUAAGACUAAAAAGUUGAGCACGUUCAUGGUCACGAUGCCGGUAAGUAUGAACAUAGGUUGGAACCUACUGCACAUGAACUUGGCCGAGUUCAUAAUCACCAGUUUUAAGACGACCUAUGUGGAGACGGUUUGCGUCAAAGUACACGCCAACUGCCGGCUAAGGAGAAUAUACUUCAGUGACCAGUUGUACAAAGAAGAUGAGCUUCCGAAGGCGUACAGGGUGUUUAGGAACACAGCCGUGAUGGAGAAACCGAAAAGCAUUCUGAAGAAAAAGGCAGUGGGUGUUAACAAAAAGUCAACAACCGACCAGCUCUAGGACAUAUUAUAAAUGAAUAUAAUAAUACCAAUAAACCCAUGACAGUGUGGAAAACGUCAUGUCCGUGUUAUAUCUGUGCAACGGAUG